UGCAUGUCCUUUUGCUCUGUAAUUAUGAGCUGUUGGACUUUCUUUACUUGUGUUCUGGUUAAGCCGUUAUUACUCAACUUGUUGGUCUUGAAUUUUCCUUAUAGCCUACAUUUAUUGUGCAUUUUCUCGGGCGUUGAGAUUCAACACCGACUCGGUUUAGAUGGUGACCACAUCACCUUAAUCAGACCAUAUAUUUAUUACACGCCACUGGCACAUUCAUAUCCUGUGAGUCGGCACAGUCUCUCCUUAGUGCAGUAGCUAUUUGAAGGGCUAAGUCCCCUGAUAUCUAGAGUGUCUAUGUG